AGUCGUCCCACGCUUGGCUCGGCGCCUCCACCUCCAGUAUAGCAGCAGACAGCUACCAGUACCAACUGCAGUCCAUGUGGCAGAAGUGCUGGAACACCAACCAGAGUCUGGUGCAUAACCUGCGCUUCCGGGAACGUGGACCCCUCAAGUCUUGGCGGCCAGAAACUAUGGCGGAGGCGAUCUUCAGCGUAUUGAAGGAAGGGCUCUCCCUCAGCCAAGCGGCAAGGAAAUACGAUAUCCCCUACCCGACGUUUGUCCUGUACGCGAAUCGAGUGCACAACAUGCUGGGUCCUAGCGCCGACGGCGGGGCUGAUUUGCGCCCGAAGGGACGAGGACGACCGCAGAGGAUUCUGCUGGGCGUCUGGCCAGACGAGCAUAUCCGCGGGGUGAUUCGCGCGGUGGUAUUCCGCGACGGGCACUCGCCCCACAUCGUCAAGGAGGAGCCGACCACGAUGUACCCCACCCUGGCGAACUACGCGGCUUGCAAUGGUCCGGAAGGCGCAGUCAGUCCGGGUGCGGCAGCUGCGGCUGCGGUCGCGGCGGUCGCUCAAGGUUUACGACACCAGAUGUGCAGCAUGGUGGCAGCGGCGCAUUCGCAGCAACACGAUAUGAUGGCGACGAACCUGUCGACGAGUCUGUCUACCAGUCUGUCGUCAAAUCUGCAAGCGGCGAUGCAGGCAAGCCAACACCACAACAACAACAACACGAGCAGUAACGCGAGCGGCCUCGGCAGCAGCAAUAGCGCCGGCAACAACGGCAAUUCGCCAUUGAAUCUCGGUCUAGCGAGCCCGGGCUCGGGUGGACCGCCCGAGAGUCCGUUGGAGAGUCCCCUGGCGAGCCCAUUGGGUCCGCUGAUGGAUCCAUCGGGCCACAUACCCAGUAGCGUGGAGGUCGGCAUCGGCGUGAGCGGCAUGACGUACAAGCCGGCACGAAGCUUCGUCAGUCCACGCCCGGAGACUCUCUUCCAGGAGGACAUCGCCGAUCUGGUGAAGAGCCCCCACGGUCUCAAGGACAAGGACAAGAUCCCGGUGAAGCUUGAACCGCUCACGGACUCGCGCUGCGAAUAGUAAGUCAUCAUGGUGGCUGCGGAACGAGGAGGAGAGACGACUACAUCAGCCACUGUGGGAUCGUCGGCCGUGGAAGGACGAGGUGCGUCGAUGAUCCCGAGGGGGAUCUCUCUCUCUUCGAGGCCGUCAGCGGCCGAGGACCGGUGAUGCGAGCCGGGUAGACUUCUCGCGAAAAAUCGAGUACUGUUCGAUUCACUUUACCUCCUCUCGCGGGAGUUUAUAAUAUAUAUAAACGCGACUCCGAACGUUAUACGCGAGCGCGAUGUAUUGUGCAUACGAAAAUCUUAGAGGGAUAUUAGAGAAAAAGAGAGGCUUACAAUCAAAAGAAAAAAAAAAAUAAUAAACUGACGGAGACACACGAGUGCGGACGAGAUAGGCGAGAGUGUCGAGAAUUUCUCGCCUGGGAUCAGCUUCAGGGAAGAACGAUCGAACGGUAGUGGACCGUCCUAGACGAGAAUCGCUCGGUCGGAACCUUCGACAGCGGAAAAGCAGAAACGGAGGAAAGGAGAAAGCGAAAGAGAGUAAAAACCUUCUUCUAGCAAACAUACUAUAGCUAUUAGGUCGCCGGCGCCUCGCGAGCGCGCCGCCACCUUUUUCCAAUCUAGAUAGUCGUGUCAUCGUCGUGUCGUACAGACUAUGUACAUGUAAUAAAGGUAAAAAAAAAACCCACACGUCACACACACGCGCACACGUAUGAAUAUACAUACACUCACACACAUGGACACACGAGCGCGCGCCGUACAUAACAAGAUACACACUCGAAAUUUAUACCUACGCAUUAUACGAUAACUGUACUUUUAAUGCCAAAUGUAUAAUAACUCGUAAGGGGUCGCCUACUGCCGAAUGAUUGAUUAUUCGAGACGGGUAUCGAGACGAGAAAAAUAAGCCGCCUCGAACAAAAGUUGCACGUUGUAUUAUCGAGUCCUUACACAACGUGUCAUGGAUCAGUUUGUGAUAAACUGCUAAUUUUUAGGUAUUGCAAGAGAGAGAGAGAAAGAGAGAGAGAGAGAGAAAAAGUUGCUUGAAAUUAUUUUAAGACUAUAAAAGUAAGGUUUUUCUUAUUAGUGAUAUAACGUGAAAGUAAAAUAAAUUAUAGAGAU